CUAUAGCCCAUGAGAGGAUAGGAUCUAACAACCUGUUCCAUGAACCCUGAUUGUGCUCUGUUUGCCUUGUGGAAGUGGCCAGCCGAGUUGUUAUUCUGACAGCAGGUUCAGUACUACCCUUAUACAAAGCUGCACAAUGCAAAGCACUAUAAGAUCAUUCUUCCAGCCCCUGGCACAAACAAAGCCUGGAAAAGAAGCAGCAGAGAGGAAUCACCUGGAAGAGGAGCCUGCCCCCAAAAGAAAACUUGUAGAUUCUGAACCACAGGUAAAUGGUGCAACACACCAUGCAAAUUCCCCAGUGAAUACUGCAGCCCAAGAAACCACCUCCAUUCUUAAAAGUGAAGAGGAUUCUGGGAAACCAAAACAAAAGGAUACAGAGGCAGAUAAUAACAAGCAGGUUUCUGACUGUGUUCCUGAGCAAAAGAUUCCUGCGCAGAGCACCUCACAAAGCACCAGCCCAGCUACCUCUAAUUCACCCUCACCCACCUACAUUCCCCGGCGCAGAACAGCCCGCAAGCAGCUCCCUAAACGUAAAGCAGAGGAAGAAGUCAGCAACCAUGAUAGCAUCCAGCAGGACGUUUGUUCCAAAAGAUGGAAAGGAGAUGAUGAGGAUGGAGAGGGCACAAAAGGGGUGCCAGAUGAGGGGUCCAUCAAGACAGAAGAAAUGGAAGAUGAUAAUUCAGAAGUGGUGCAGGUAAAAAUUGAGGUAGAUUCAGAUGAAGAGACAACACCAGGACCCCCUAAGCCAUCCAGCAAGCCCAUCUCUAAUUUUUUUGCCCGCAAGCAGCUCCCUAAACGUAAAGCAGAGGAAGAAGUCAGUAACCAUGAUAGCAUCCAGCAGGACGUUUGUACCAAAAGAUGGAAAGGAGAUGAUGAGGAUGGAGAGGGCACAAAAGGGGUGCCAGAUGAGGGGUCCAUCAAGACAGAAGAAGUAGAAGAUGAUAAUUCAGAAGUGGUGCAGGUAAAAAUUGAGGUAGAUUCAGAGGAAGAGACAACACCGGCACCCCCUAAGCCAUCCAGCAAUCCCAUCUCUAAUUUUUUUGCCCCUCGGAAAGCCUCUAUAAAGACAGAGAAAAAAGAAGCGCCGGUGAUAGGAGGAAACAUGCCUGCACCAAAGAGCCUUAAUGAAAUUAAUGGCCAUGAAUCUAAUAGCAAAGCUGACUGUUCUGCCAAACCAUCUCUUAUACUUGAGCCUACAAAUUACAACCCAAUGAAGGGAAACUAUCAUCCUGUAAACGAUGCUUGUUGGGGCCCUGGCCAGAGGGUACCAUACCUGGCAGUGGCUCGUACCUUUGAGAAGAUUGAGGAGGAAUCUGCCCGGUUGAAAAUUAUAGAGACCCUGAGCAAUCUUUUCCGCUCUGUGAUUGCUCUGUCUCCAGAAGACUUGCUGCCCUGUGUCUACCUCUGUCUCAACCGGUUAGGCCCAGCAUAUGAGGGCCUGGAGUUGGGCAUUGGUAAAACUAUCCUCAUGAAAGCUUUGGCUCAGGCCACAGGUCGUAAUUUGGACCAGAUCAAGGCAGAAGCAGCAGAAAAGGGAGACCUGGGUUUGGUUGCUGAGAGUAGCCGCAGUACACAGGGUACCAUGUUUGCCCCACCCAAGCUUGGUGCUGCUUCUGUCUUUGGCAAACUUCAGGCCAUUGGCCGCAUGACAGGAACCUCUUCAAUGAACAAGAAGAUUGACAUUAUCAAGACUUUGUUUGUUGCUUGUCGCUAUUCAGAGGCUCGCUAUGUUGCUCGGUCACUAGAAGGAAAACUGAGGAUUGGGUUAGCAGAGCAGUCUGUCCUGUCUGCUCUGGCCCAGGCAGCAUCACUCACUCCUCCAGGACAAAAAUUUCCCCCAGAAGUUGUGGAUGCUUCAAAGGGCAAGUCUGCAGAAGUGCGCAAAAACUGGUUGGACGAGAGAGCAUUGAUUGUUAAACAGGCCUUCUGUGAGCUGCCAAAUUAUGAUACCAUUGUGCCUGUCCUUCUGAAACAUGGUGUGGAGAGUCUGCCUCAUCACUGCAAGAUCACACCAGGGAUUCCACUGAAGCCCAUGCUGGCUCACCCAACAAAGGGAAUUGGGGAGGUAUUAAAGCGAUUUGAAGAGGCAGCUUUCACCUGUGAAUACAAAUAUGACGGGGAGCGAGCACAGAUACACAUCCUGGACAAUGGAGAAGUGCACAUCUAUAGCCGGAACCAAGAAAACAACACAACAAAGUACCCUGACAUUGUCAGCCGUAUCCCCAAGGUAAAAAAGAGCACUGUGCAAUCAUGCAUCUUGGAUGCAGAAGCUGUGGCCUGGGAUCCUGAUUCCAAACAGAUCCAGCCAUUCCAGGUACUCACCACCCGCAAGCGCAAGGAUGUAGAGGCCACAGAGAUCCGGGUGCAGGUUUGUGUGUAUGCAUUCGACAUGCUCUUCCUUAAUGGACAGUCUCUAGUCCGGAAACCCCUAUCUGAGCGCCGGGUUUUGCUUCAUGAUUCCUUCAAUGAAAUUGAAGGCCAGUUCCUGUUUGCAACCUCCAUGGACACUAGUAACACUGACAAGAUAGCAGACUUCCUGGAAUGCUCCAUCAAAGACUCAUGCGAGGGGCUAAUGGUGAAAACGCUGGAAGUGGACGCCACAUACGAAAUUGCAAAAAGAUCUCACAACUGGCUGAAGCUUAAGAAAGAUUAUCUGGAGGGUGUUGGCGACACCUUGGACCUUGUGGUGAUCGGUGCCUAUCUGGGCAAGGGCAAACGCACAGGCACAUAUGGUGGUUUCCUCUUGGCCUGCUAUGAUGAGGAUAGUGAGGAGUUCCAGAGCAUCUGCAAGAUCGGCACUGGAUUCACAGAUGACAAACUAGAAGAACUCCACACCUCUCUCAAGGACCAUGUAAUUCCACAGCCACGACCCUACUACCGCUGGGGUGGAACAGCUGAGCCUGACCACUGGCUAGAGGCUCAGCAUGUCUGGGAGGUGAAGUGUGCUGACUUAUCCAUUUCUCCAGUCCACAAAGCAGCAACUGGUUUGGUUGAUGAAGAAAAGGGCAUCUCCCUCCGCUUUCCCAGAUUCGUACGCAUCCGAGAUGAUAAGAAACCAGAGGAAGCUACUGCCAGUACUCAGGUGGCUGAGUUGUACCGGAAGCAGCAGCAGAUUCUGAAUCAGCAAUCAGUGGAAAAAGGAGAUGAUGAUUUCUACUAAUCCUAUUCAUCUGAUUGUGAAUGGGUUUUUGCUGAACCCCUCUUGGAGUGUGGGUAGAACCUUGGUGCCCUCUUCAAAUUUUAUCUAAUGAAUGCACCCCACCCACUCUGGAGCUGUAGUAGAGAUACAGUGAGGCAUGUUCUGAUAAGGCCUUGCUGCUUUCCCUGCACUUGCCCAAAUGCAGGAAUAUAUUGAGUUGAUGAUGCUCUGUUAAUAAACCCUUGUAUUUUUUUGGUA